GAAAAACUGAAUAAGUGUUGAAUAGAGAGAGAGAGAACAAGGGUAUAUACCUAAGAGUGUUGUACCCUCUAAGAGCGACAUCUGCCAUCAGAUUCCAUCUUAGCUGCCAUCUUCUGCUUUUUAGAGGGUUUCAGGCUGGUUCACUCGCACUUCACAUACUAGUAGUCCGCGCGUAGGCCGUGCACAGGGUCAAGAACAAAAUAGAAAAAGAGUAGGGAAUUGUACAGGGUGCUGUUUAGAGUUGACUAAAGCUUUGACUAAAGCCAAAUUAGCCUUUACAUGGAGUAACAGCAUCCACGUCACAUACACCCACUCUCAAGUACAUCCACUCGGCACCUCCACCUUCCCCUCCACUGAAUCUCUUCACCCGCGUCACCAGCCGCUCCCGUCGCACCCGUCGCACCUGCCUCACCUGCCUCACCUGCCUCACCCGCCUCACCUGCCUCACCUGCUCACGUGCCUCACCUGCCUCAACCGCCUCCUCCGCCUCCUUUGCCUCCUCGCCCGCCACUCCUCCCCAAUCUGCUUGCCGCCAUGCUAGCGCUGCACCCCAUCCUGCUGGCGGCGGAGCUCGCGGAGGCGGGGUGGUCGCGCGUGUCCAGCCUGGUCUCGAAGCGCACGCGGCGCGGAGACGCUCUUAAGAUCCUCGAGGACGCGACGCUGCGGCUGGAAGGCAGCGUGGCGCGCGAGCGCGCGGAGAACGCGCGGCUGCAGGCGAUGCUGGAGGAAUACAAGAUGGCGGCCACGGAGCUGCUGCAGCAGCGCGCCGAAGACCUCGCGUGGAUGGGCGACAAAGUCGGCACGGGCGCGCAACAGCACGAGGAUCUGUUGGCGCAGAUCGAGCUGAAGGUGAACUCGCCCGAGUUCCAGCUGCGCCUGCGGGGACCGCCGGAGCUCAAGGCGGGCGGCGCGGCGUCGCACGGCACGGCGCGCAUGCUGGUGGACGCAGGCCGCAUAGAGGUCGCGGCCCCGCGAGAGGGCAGCGUGCCAGGCGAAGGGACAGGAAACGGGGUGGGCAAGGGCGAGGGGGCGGGGUCAUUCGAUAACGAGAGACCGGCGGAGAAAUCAAGCGAGGGCGAGAGUGAGAGUGAGAGCGAGGGCGAGUGGUGGCAGUGGGUGACGGACAUGGACGCGGGCGUGGUGCACGGGAGCGAGCCGUGCGAGGCGCUGGAGGGCGAGGGCGAGUACGAGGUGGUGCACGUGGAGGAGGUGGUGGACGGCAUCGCGCACGUGCUUGCGCGCUAUAUCGCACUGCACCCCGAGUACCAGUCUCUCACUCCAGAGGAGAUGGAAAAGGCGCUGUCAACGGGCAUCCAGCACAUACGGCGCCAGGGACUGAUGAAGCAGAUGUACCAGUGGGGACGAGGGGCGUACAAGACUGCCUGUGCCACCUCCUUCCUUGUUAGCAUCUACAAGGAGCGGGUGCUGGUCCGUGCUAUUGUGGGGGCUGUGCUCCUCUCCAGCCGUGUGAUCAUGCGCUUAUGAGUGGACGAUAAUUUGAUGAUGACGCGCGUUCACAACAAGUGAUCUCAAGAUGGUACUACUGCUCCCGACCUCACGGUGUCUCGGAUCACCUCUCAUCGUCUCUUGUUUCAGCGCCACUCAACCCAGCUCCUGCUGCUGUGUGAAUUGUGGUGCGGCACAGCCAACGAUUCACCUUCUGCUGGGAGCAUCUACCAGUGUUCAUUGGGGGAAGUUGUAUAGUGCCCUUAUAGGUUCUGUUAGUGUAGAUGUGCUAACAGUACGUAUUACCUGCUUACACUCUCGUACCGGUAUCCUUGCUGCUCCAUGACUGUCAUCAUUCUGUACAUAGUAAAGGUGGCUGUUCUUGCUGAUGUAUCGUAGUUGGUGGAAAUUGGUAU